AUGAUCGCUGCUAAAAGCACCGGGGCAUUGCUCUUGAUGGGCGGCACCCGCGCAAGCUCCUCAGGAUUCCUCCCUCUCAAAGUUCUUAAUACUGCAAUUGCGCAUCGAGGGGCAUUGAUCUCGCCGCCACCACAUCUCUCUCCGCACAAUGCCAUCCCCGCAAACCCAGUCCACGAAUUUGACUCGAUCGAGGAUACCAUUGCUGCAUUCAAGAAUGGCGAAUUCAUCAUUGUCCUUGAUUCGUAUGACCGCGAGAACGAAGGCGACCUCAUAAUCGCCGCCGAGUCAGUUACGGCUGCUCAAAUGGCCUUUCUAGUGCGCCAUUCAAGCGGUUUAAUAUGCGCGCCCAUCACCCCAGAUCUAGCUACUCGCCUUGCCCUCCCCCAGAUGGUAACCGAAAACGCCGACCCAAAAGGCACUGCCUACACCGUCUCAAUCGAUUCGGCCGACGAGUCUGUAACAACCGGAAUCUCCGCACAAGACCGCGCCCUCGCUUGCCGCACCCUCGCCUCUCCAGAUGCUAAAGUCGAGUCCUUCCGCCGCCCCGGCCAUGUCAUCCCCCUGCGCGCGCGCCCUGGUGGGGUGCGCGAACGUCAGGGUCACACCGAAGCUGCAGUUGAGUUCUGCCGGCUCGCUGGCAAACCCCCGGUGGGCGUGAUCGCGGAAUUAGUUGAGCCUGGCGAAGUUGUGGAGGGUAUCCCUGAGAUUCGAGGAAAUAAUGACAUGAUGCGCCGAGAUAGCUGUCUCGCUUUUGGCAAACGAUGGGGCAUUAAAGUCUGCACCAUUGAGGACUUGGUUGAUUACGUGCAUAAGAUUGAGGGAACUACCCCAUCUGCGACGAAUGGACACCAUUAA